CACGAGUUCGCCCUUGCGUUUGGGUCGCAGCGAGCCAGCAUAGCUAGGGCUUGACAUUGUCUACAGUGUAUUCGCGCGUGCAGAUCCUCCGAAGAAGCAGAAGUAGCGGCGAGUCUAGAGAUGGCGCGCUAAUAUACUGGAUCCUUGUCAAAGCAGAGUCUAUGCACCUGCGAACUGUCUUUUCGCGCGUCUUGUACCCGUGUGAAAGCCGUGCCUGUCCCAGUCUGUGUCAAAUUGCUGGUCUAGGCUAUCGUCGACCGGCUUGCUUACCUCGUAUGUCGUCUUAUUCUCGCAGACAACAGUGACGGUGCUUGUCAGGCUGCUAUGUGACACUUACCGACGGCGCGACCCUGGUGCUGCCAGGAGCGAGUUUUGUCGCUUCGCAGGCCGUAUGACGCUGCUGCGAUGCUGCCGCAACGCACUGAGACAGCUCAGACAGCCGCAAGCACUGCCAGCAAGGCAAGCUUCGACUUCGACGGGAGCUUUCUUCCCAGGCAGUCUGCCCCCAAAUUCCAACGCCAUCGUGACGCCUAAGCCGCCCUCAGAGUCAUGGUUCACCGGACGACCCACGCUGAGUGACGCACAGAUCAAGCUAGACAAGCUGCUAUCCGAAGUACGGUCUGCGCUACAUGAGAACGGUUUCCUGCCUCGCUACGAUUCACCGGCAUCCCAGGCAAAGAUCGCCGUUCCUUCCAAUAUCGUCGAUCUCGUCAAUGCUGGCUACCGACGUCGGGGAUCAGGUUGGGGAACUCGACCUGCAUUAUCUGGGCGCUUGUCUUGCAAGAUCCGCCUGGCAGACUAUCGAGCGAUGAUCUCGACAUUGAGCCAAUUGCGAUCGUUACAACCUCUGCUCGUCUUUGCAGACUCACUCGGGACAGAGUACCUGUCGAAAGACUUGCGAAAGAGGUUCGAAGCUGCCAUCGGCGCUUACAAGAGCCCACUGCCGCCUGGAGGCGAAGGGGAUAGCAAGCCCGCGGUACCUGACGAGUUUGGUAGAGUGUACAGCUACGGAGCGAGGAAGAACAGUUCUGCGCGAGUCUGGCUGGUCCCGACAAGCAAGGAAGGUGCACCGGAGGAUCAGCUGGGAGAGAUGAUUGUCAAUGGCACGUCCAUCUCUGAACGAUUCAGGGAUGUCCAUCUACGCAAUCUCAUCUUGCGGCCGUUCGCUCUGACGGGAUCACUCGGAGCCUACAACACGUUUGCUAUUGCAAGAGGAGGCGGUGUGAGCGGACAAGCUCAAGCGAUCCAAUUGGGCAUUGCGAAAUGUCUGGCAACCCUGCAAGAAGGCGCCAGACGACCUUUACGUAAAGAGAAACUCCUGACGAGAGACCCCCGAAUGGUCGAGAGGAAGAAGACGGGCAAGCCAAAGGCGCGCAAGUCGUACACUUGGGUCAAACGGUGAAGACUCUCGUUUGUCGACAUGCGCAUGUCUGUGACGAUACGCUGCAUGCAUCAGGCAUCACUGUAUCUUCUUCUCGAAUUCCUUGUCCCGGCUGAGAUCCUGAUAUCUGCGUGUCAAGGUGUCGCGGGAAGAGGAUGCUAUGGACAUGUGCGAAUAGACCGGUCAUGUUAGUCAUUUUACUACGUUACUGUCAGUUCGACAGACAUUCGUUGCAGCGCGACGAAUCAAUUUUUGAGAGACACAGAACUGAUGAUCGACCUUUUUCGAUCACAUGCAUGCAAAGAUCAUGACCGUG